AUGGAGCACAACGUUCAGCGACUCCUAAACGACAAGCUUUACGACAAGAGAAAAGUCGGAGCUCUCGAGUUAGAACGAGUCAUACGCGAGCUUGCCGCUGCCAAAGACUACCAAAGAGUCCAGGCUAUACUUGACCAGCUCUGCAACGAGUAUGCUUAUGCUGUUCACCAGCCACAUGCACGCAAUGGAGGUCUCAUUGGUCUGGCCGCCGCCGCCAUCGCUUUGGGCUCGGAGCUACCCAGAUAUCUCGAGGUAAUAGUACCGCCCGUUCUGGCUUGUUUCACCGAUCAAGAUGCACGCGUCCGGUAUUACGCAUGUGAGUCCAUGUACAACAUCGCCAAGGUUGCCAAGGGAGAGAUCCUCAAGUACUUCAAUUUCAUAUUCGAUGCUCUGUGCAAGCUAGGAGCAGAUUCAGAGCUCUCUGUCAAGAAUGGUGCCGAGCUCUUGGACCGGUUGAUAAAGGAUAUCGUCUCAGAGUCUGCAGCCACCUACGUAUCUGUCCUGGAAGCUCCUGAAUACGAUGAUGAUAAGGACCCGAAUACUCUGGAGAGCCACUCGGACCCACCAACCGCAUUCUCCUUGCCAAGAUUCAUCCCACUGCUCAAGGAGCGUGUCUGGGUCCUCAAUCCCUUUACGCGGACCUUCCUCGUCGGCUGGAUUACUCUUCUCGACUCUAUCCCGGAUCUGGAACUGGUCACUUAUCUGCCCGAGUUCCUUGGAGGUCUGCUCAAGUUCCUUGGUGGUCACAACCCAGACGUCCAUGCUGCUACCCAGGCCUGUCUGGAUAAGUUCCUGAAUGAAAUUAAGCGCAUUGCCAGGGUGAAGAAGGGGAUUGCCGAUAGUAGAAAGUCUCGAGCUGACGGCAAGAGGAAGCGCGAGGAGUCUGUUGACAGCGGGAGCCUGCAGAUGGCCGCUGGCGAUAGCGACGAUGGCGCGUCAUCGAUCGCGUCCGAUGACGACGGAGAAGUGAGCAGUGAGGAUGACUGGGUGCCCGGUCAGGAUGUGCAAAUCAACUACAAGGCCAUCUUGGAGAUUUUGACUGCGACGCUGGAUUCGCCGCUAGAAGAGGAUAGCCUACAAGAAAGCUUGCGCUGGAUUAUUGCAUUCCUUGACAUUUGCCCCGAGGAAGUCUUGCCAUUUACACCCAAGAUUCUGGCGCACCUUUUGCCUGCCAUGGCAAGCGGUGUUGAGCCCAUCCGUCAGGCCGCUGCUAGAGUGAACACGUCGUUGAUGGAGUAUGUCGUGUCGCUUUCCGAUGAGCCCGAGGUUGGGCCUAGUCAGUCGAGUUAUCGCGGGCCCAACUUUGGCAUGGAGCGUCCGGAUGGCGCAUCUAGUACUCGGGUUUCUCUUUCUAGCUCGAGGGAGCUCGAGUUUCAGAGUCCUACUCCUGCUCAGGAUCGGCGAGCAAUCACACCUGCGUCGUCGAGCAGUCCGCAAGCUGACCUGGACUACGCCGCCGCAGUCAACUCGUUAACGCUAUUGUUUUUGAAUGACCACGAGGCGACUCGGGUUGCUGCUCUUACGUGGCUCAUCAUGCUGCACCGCAAGGCACCGCGGAAGAUUGUGGCUUUCAACGACGGCACCUUUCCAGCACUGCUGAAAACCCUGUCGGAUCCAGCCGAGGCCGUCGUGACCAAGGACUUGCAGCUCCUGUCGCAGAUUUCUCGCAACAGCGAGGACGACUAUUUUUCCAACUUCAUGGUCAGCCUGUUGCAAUUAUUCUCCACGGACAGAAAGCUCUUGGAAACCAGAGGCAACCUGAUCAUUCGACAGUUGUGCAUGUCUCUCAGUGCAGAGCGCAUCUACCGGACGUUGGCCGAAUGUAUCGAGAAGGAAGAGGACGUUGAAUUCGCCAGCAUCAUGGUCCAGAACCUCAACAACAAUCUCAUCACGGCGCCUGAGCUUGCUGACCUGCGGAAACGCUUACGAAACUUGGAGACGAAGGACGGGCAGCAAUUCUUUGUUGCGCUAUUUCGCUCCUGGUGCUACAACGCCGUGGCGACCUUCUCACUCUGUCUGCUAGCCCAGGCAUAUGAGGCUGCUUAUAAUCUGCUGCAAAUAUUUGCCGAGCUUGAAAUGACCGUCAAUAUCCUGAUUCAAAUCGACAAGCUCGUACAGCUUAUUGAGUCACCAGUAUUCACAUAUCUCCGUCUUCAGCUCUUGGAGCCGGAGAAGUACCCGUACCUGUACAAGUGCCUGUACGGGCUGUUGAUGCUUCUGCCCCAAUCUUCUGCUUUUGCUGCGCUCAAGAAUCGACUCAACAGUGUGAGCUCGAUAGGAUACCUCCACAUUGCGCCUAGACCGUACGUAUCUUCCUCCAUGACAUCAGGAUCGCACUCCAGACAAGGCUCUGUCACCGAAACCACCACCAGCUCUUCAUCCUACUCAAGCCAUAACCCUCGUUCUAAAAGCGUUCAUGACACUCAUGGUUUAUUGGUCCCUAGUUCUUCCACUACCCCCAGCACUUCCAACUAUGAUCGACCGAACCGGCUCAAGGGUCCAGGUCGUGAGGAAAACAUCAUUCGAUGGGAACAGCUGCUGGAGAAAUUCAGGAGUGUCCAGGACAAGGCAAGGCGUGCCCAACGUCUGGGUGGCGGCCUAGAUGACGGGCCCGACUUUGGCGAGAUACGCUAUGGAGAGGGUGCCUCGGGACUGAAGGAGCCUCCACGACCUCUUGCUGGUCCUCCUGUGCCCCAAAAGGACACGCAGCCACAGCCACCGCCGCCGCAGAAGAAGAGCUCCGGUAUAGGACGCCAAUUUGGGCGCCUCGGCGGUGCAGUGGCCGGCAGAGGCAAGCGAACAUAG